AUGAAGCGUCCGAGUACCGUGGAGCAUGAACUGAACGCGAAAGAGAUUAAACGGGAAGGAUUUCUGCUUGCCGAAGCUCGUGAUAAGGAGCUCCUGCCAGUGCUGGACCGGCUGAACGCGUUGGAACUUGAGCAACAAGAAGCUGAGGAGUUACAUGCGCUUAAAAUGGCAAAGAGCAAAGACAAGAGUCGACGUUGA